AUGGAAUUCCGCGCCCUAGCCCGCGGCCUCUGUGCCCGACCAUCCACCCGGCUCUUCACGCCUCGCAUCCAACACUCCAACAUCCUCACCACACUCCGCUACAACUCCUCAAGUUCUGGUCCCCAAGAACCCACUAUCCACCAACUCUCCAAGCAAGGAUCCGCCAAAACCCCCACGGAUCCCUCCCAAUCCGCACAAUCCACACCCGAGGACCUGUCAACCUUCAACGGCAUCCUCGAUGAGCUCGAGCUGCAGAACGCCAAUCGGCCCGGAUCAGACCGCGCCCCAGUCCGCAGCAAGGGCAUCGCAGAUGCUAUCUCCGGUACCAUGUUCCCGUCUGCUUCACGCGACGGCGUGGCUGGACAGCUUGCCAGCCGCAAAACGGAGCUGAAGCUCGGACCUACGCUCGGUCGACAGAUUCACGUCGAGCCUGAGCGCGGCGUGGAUCUCCCGGCUGCUAUUCGGAUGCUGGAGGUGACUUGCUCUACCAAUCAGAUUAAGCAGCAGUCUAUUCAGCAGAAGUUCCAUGUGCGGAAGGGUAUGAAGCGCAAGGAGCUGCGACGAUCCAGGUGGCGGAAGCUGUUCAAGUUUUCGUUUAAUGAGACUGUUAAGAAGAUUCAGCGGAUGCAGGCUCAAGGAUGGUAA